AUGUCAUGUGUUUUACUUUUUUUUCAUGUGUUCCACAAUUUUUUUUCUGUGUCUGUGUACGCGUGUCUCACUUGUGCUCUUCUGUUUGUGGCCGCAGAGGAUGCGCCAGUGGUGCCCAAGCUGCCCACCGAGAAGCCGCCAGUGGCAACGGUCGCUGAUACCAGUGAAACGGUCCUUAGCUCGCCCGCCAAAUCGUCGGAGCAGCCACAGCCGCUGCUGCAGCAGUCGGAUGAGAAGGCCGCCCAGCCGCACACCGUUGCAGACUUCAUUAUUCAUCCCUUGAUUGCCUUCAAGCCACGCCAGGCCGCGUUGGAUGAGCUGCAGGCUCAGGGCAAGCAGGCAGCGCCUGCUGGCGGCUCGACCACUUCCACCUCGCCUGGCACCUGGCUGUUCGGCAUGAAUCCGGGCCAGGGCUUGGGCUCUUCCUUCUCGACGCUGGCGGGCUCCGUUUCUGGCUGGUUUAAUGAUCGUCUGGCCGCCGCCGGACAGCAGCUGCCCUCAUUGCCCGGCUUGCCCGGUCUGGUCGAUACGCCAGUGCGUGACAGCGGCAGCACCACCACAAGCACCACCACUCAGCGUCCCGAUAUUGUUGUCCGCCUCCAGCAGCGUCCCAACAGAAGGCGCGGCAAUGGCAACAUCAUUGGCAAUGGCAACGGCAACGGCAAUGCCAACCGCAAUGGCAAUCGCCAGGGCAAUCGCCAGGGUAAUCGCCAGGGCAACAAUGGCAAUCGCGUCCAGCGUCCCAAUCGUUUUAACAAUCAGCUGGACUCGCUAGAGUCGGAGGAGUACGAUGAUGUCGAUUACUUCAAUGGUAAUCAAUUCGACGAGGAGUUCUACGACGAGGAGGAAGAGGAUGUCGAUGUGGACGACCUGGUCCACAACGAUGAGGACCAGUCACUGGAGCAUGUCGAUGACAAUGAUAACGAAGAUGAUGACGACCAGCUGGAUCAGCAGUCCGCCGAACAGCCAUCCGUCGAGCAGCAAACGCAGAAACAAAAGCCUAAGCAACGACGCCGACCUGCCCAGACACAGGUGGUGCGACGCAAGCAGACACAGACGCUGUCGCAGUCGCCGGCGCAGUCGCAGCGUCGCCAGCAGGCGCAGCAUGUAAGGCGUGGCCAUCCCGUGCAGCAGCCACUGGCGGUGCUGGAGCAGGCCGAUGAUGAGGAUGAGGAGGAGGAUGAUGAUGCGGAGGUCGAGCUGGAGGAUGACGACGAUACCGAAAAUGAGGAGCACUAUGCGCCUGCACAAUACACUCAAUCCUCGCGCAAAUCUCAGGGCCAAACUGGCUUCAUCCAAAACGGCCAACAGAGCUUGAUCAAUCAGAUACGCAGAUUCACCUUCGGCCAAACUCCCGCCGAGGUAGGCAACAAGAUACGCAAAUCGCAGUCCAGCCAGAGCCCCUCCAGGACUGGAGCGCGCCGACCACAGCAGACCACACUGCUGGUGAACCGCAAUGGCCAGACCGUCUAUGUGGCGCCCGAGCUGCUCAACCUGAGCCCCAACUACCCAAACUAUGGCUACGUGUCCACCCCAACCAAGGUGCAGAAGCAGCAGCGCGUGCCGGCCAGUCCUUACCCGCAGCCACCGCUGACGGUGCCACUGCGUCGCAAGGGACGUCCCACGCAGUACAUAACGAUACCCUGGAGCCAGCUGGGACUCGCGUCGCCCGAGCGCCAGUCGGUGGUAUCGCUGGCCGAGGGCAUUCAGGCCCAGCCGCUCAUCCUUAACAUCCCCGAUAGCGCGAUCAGCACGGUGCCCGUGCGCGGCUCCACGGCAGCCAGUGGUCAGAACAAGAAGAAGAAGCGCCCAACACUAACGGCUGCAGCGGUGCCCCUGCUGGCCGAUGCCUCUCUCAUGGACAUCUUCCAGCCACCACAAAUUCCGCCUUCCCGCACCGGCUCCAGCUCCAGCUCCAGUUCGAGUGCCAAGCCCAAGCCCAAGCCCGUGCUGAUUGCUGCCAAGCCGGUUAAUGCUGGUUCUGGUGCUGGCCUGCUGCCUACACGUAUACGUCCUGCCACAAUUGUGGAGAAAGCGCCCGCCAUGGAGUCCGCCGAGAAGCCGCAAGCCCAGCCACAGAGCGAGCAGCAGCAGCAGAAGACAACAGCUGAAGCCGCGUCCGCUGCCGCAGCUAACAUUACCCCCGAUAUGCCAACGGAUGCCGCGAAGGCUACGCCAGAACAGGAGUACAUUCUUGUCGGCGAAGACAACGAGCCAGGUCUCUCCCGCCAUGUGCAGCCCGUCUAUGGUGAUGCGCGUUACGUCUCCUACGGCGACUUCCAUCCCUACUUCGAUCUUUUGCACCAGAACCGACGCUUUGCGCUCCGCAAGGUGGGCCGCGCCCUGGACGCGGAGGUGCCCAUGGACGCCGCUGAGGCCUCCGCGGAUUCACCCAUUGUCCCAGUCUAGUUGUAUAACGAGAGCACAAACUGAUAAAUGAGAAACGAAUGCGUAAAAGAAAAGAAAGAAACAAAGAAA